CGCGGCGGCAAACGGUCGAAGUCGAACGGCAAACAGCAAAAGAACAAACAGUUAAAACAAAAAAAAAAAAAAAAAAAAAAACAGGAAACCCAAAAAAAAAAAAAAUAUAUAUAGCAAAGGAAAACGGGGAAAAAAAAAGAGCAACUAACUUGCCUGCUGUAUUUCUGAAAAUAUUCCGAAUUUUGUUGCUGUGUUUGUUGAUGCAUGUUUAUAAUAAAAACGGGACGGAAAAAGAACAAUAAAAAUCGAAAAACAUUGGAAAGCGCAAAAUGUGCUGCUAAUGCUGCUGCUGGCAGCGGCAGCGAGUGCCAGAGAUUCGCAUCUGUUUAGGGAUUCUGCUGUGCUCUUCUGACAUGUAAAGCUGAUAGCGCGCGCUGCCCUAGUGUGUGUGCGUGUGUGUGUUGGUGCGAGUGCGAGUGCGAGCGUGCGUGUGAGUUGUUUCAUCAUCUGUGUGUGCGUGUCAAGAGAGAGGAGAGACGCGCCAUCGGAUUCGUAAUGCAAAGGUGGCGUUAUGGCACUGCAAGGCUGGCGCUUUUUCGGUGUCUCGGCAACAAUCAUCAUCUAUAUAGGCGGUGUGCUAUUUCUAUCCAUGAACAAUAUACCCGGCUCGCAUCCAAAACGCACGCGCAUCGAGCGCUUUGCCGAGUUUUCCAGCUUUCAUAGUCCCCGAUUUCCGAUGCCCAGUCGCAAGAUGACGAUUCGCUGGUGUCGCGACCUCAAAUAUUUAAAUCGCGAGCUUCCAAAUUACACCGACGACAAGGCCGGCGACUUCUACACUGCUCUGCCCAGCUCGGAUGUGAGUGCCAGUCUUCAGAUGCCAUCGGCUCCGAUGCUGACGGCGCUGGCAAGUUUCCCGGGCAGCGGCAACACCUGGCUGCGAUAUCUGCUGCAGCAGGCCACGGGCAUUUUAACGGGCAGCAUCUACAAGGAUUAUGGCCUGCUAAAGACGGGCUUUCCUGCGGAGAACGUGUGCAACAGCUCGGUGCUCCUGGUGAAGACACACGAAUGGGGAUCCAAGGCAUGGGCGCCCUUCUCCAAGGCCAUACUCCUGGUGCGGGAUCCCGAGAAGGCGAUCAUAGCCGAGUUCAAUCGCCAAAGUGGCGGCCACAUUGGAUUCGCAUCUCCCGAUCGCUACAAGCGCACCAAAGGCAAAUAUUGGCAACAAUUUGUCAGCAACAAGCUCAAGGGCUGGGAGCUCAUGAAUCUCAGCUGGGCACGCAAUUUUACGGGCAGUAUUAAGGUUGUGUUCUACGACGAUUUGGUGCAUCACACAGAGCGCGAACUGCGCAACAUUCUCGACUUUCUCGAGUUUCCCGUUAGCGAGCAGCUCAUUCGAUGCGCCAUCAUGCGCAAGGAAGGCAUUUUCCGGCGCAAAAAGCGACUGCUAUCCUUCGAUCCCUACACGGAUGCCAUGCGGGCUGAGCUGCUGGCGAGACGACGACUCGUCUACGGCAUGCUGGGCAGGCUCAAAGACAACGAUUGACGACGAUUGCAACGAGUUCAACAAAGCAAUGUUAAGAGACCACCUAAUAAAGAUUAACAAACAGUUCAGCAAUGCACUCCCCGCCAAAAACAAAAAAGAAUCCCCUGCUUAACAUCAACAACGACUGCAAGCAUUAUUAGCACACUAAAUAUAUAUAUAUAUAUACUAUGUAGAUCUCAAGAGAUCGAGCUAAAUCAUCCCCAGACAAAGAACCACCCGCCUUGCGCAAUGUUUCGUAUGGUUUGCUGCUUGAACGCAUCUUAGUUCAAAUAUAAAACAUACGAUAUGCGAUAUAUAUCGCAUGUAUGAAUAUUUGUGAAAUCUCUUAGGUUUGUUUUAUACAUAUAUGUAGGGUAGAGAGAGGCAGCAGUAGCUGCAGUCAUAAUUCCGAUUUUGAUUGCAACAAGGUAUUAUGAUUCCUGAACGAAUUUAUGAAAUUCAUUAUACGCCAUGUUGUGCUUCAUCGCUCAUAUCCGUGUGUAUUCCAUUGAUAUUAUUCGAUUCGUAUGUACUCUUACUCACAAUCGUAAUCGUACUCUGGUUAUAUUGAAAUCCAAUGUUAGACUAUCCCUUGUAAAAAGUUUUAUACACAAUUCUACAAUAAUUUAUUGAACUACGAAAAACAAUAAUGAACAUAUUAGAUAAUUGUACAAAACGACGACGACAACAACAAAUAUAACAAUGAAUACUUACAACUUUAAAGUUAACCGCAUUUUCUUCAUGUUAAAGGAUAAAGGGCGGAAAAACUAGUUUUCCUAUCAAAGUAUUUUUAAUGGUGGUGACUUUCUAGGAGCUAAACCUCGCUUAGCACAGCUUUGGAUUUCCGAAAUACUUUUCACCACCAAAUGUCCUUUCGCUGACGACAGCAAGGAUUUGAACCCUAGAGUAUUUGUCUGAUUUCGAAUUUCGAACAUUAAAAACGAAUUUCGAUACGCUUUGC